GGAGGAGAGAGAGAGGGUGGAAGAAAAGGCUCUCCAGCUGUUGGGAGAAUGUCUGGGGGGUUGUCCGCGUCCGAGGCUUCCCCGGUCCCCCCGGGCUUCGCCAAGAGGAUUUUGGUGACCGGCGGCGCGGGCUUCAUUGCAUCUCAUGUAGUGGUUUCCCUCGUAGAGAAGCAUCCAAACUAUAUGAUUAUUAAUCUUGAUAAGCUGGACUAUUGUGCAAGCUUAAAAAAUCUUGAGAGAGUUUCUGAGAGCCAGAACUACAGGUUUAUCCAGGGGGAUAUCUGUGAACCCAAUUUUGUAAAAGAAUUAUUUGAGGCUGAGAAAUUUGAUAUAGUGCUACAUUUUGCAGCUCAAACACAUGUAGAUCUUUCUUUUUGGCGUAAGUUUGAAUUCAACUAUGUCAACGUUUAUGGAACUUGCAUUCUGGUUGGUGCUGCUUAUGAGGCUAACGUGGAGAAGUUCAUAUAUGUCAGUACUGAUGAAGUUUAUGGGGGAAGCUGCAACACGGAAUUUGAUGAAUCCUCAUCUAAAAAACCGUCAAAUCCUUAUGCAGCUUCUAAGGCGGCGGCUGAAUGCAUUGUCCAGUCCUAUUGGGAAAGAUACCAGUUUCCAGUGGUUAUCACGCGGAGCAGCAAUGUUUAUGGACCCCAUCAGUUUCCAGAAAAAGUUAUUCCAAAGUUCAUUUCUCGCUUGCAGCAGAACAGAAAAUGCUGUAUUCAUGGCUCAGGACUUCAGAGAAGAAAUUUUCUUUAUGCCAGUGACGUAGCCGAAGCAUUUCUUACCGUUAUGAAGAAGGGACAACCAGGGGAAAUCUACAACAUUGGGACCAGCUUUGAGAUGUCGAUUGCACAACUUGCAAAGGAAUUAAUCCAUCUAAUUAAAAAUACCAGUUCAGAAGCAGAGACAGAAUAUUGGAUGGAUUUUGUUAAAGACAGGCCUACGAAUGACUUGGGAUAUCCAAUGAACUCUGGAAAAAUGCACAGCUUGGGCUGGAGGCCUAAAGUGCCUUGGAAUGAAGGAAUAAAGAAAACCAUUGAAUGGUAUCGGGAGAACUUCCACAACUGGAAGAAUGCGGAGAAAGCUUUGGAGCCUUUUCCUGUUGCUGAAGAAUCUGUAUGAUUUGGUCUGUGGCAAAGUUGUAAAGAAGAAAAAUGAAGGAAAAUGUUCUACCUCAAGAUGAAUGGAAAAUUGUACUCAAGCAGCAAAAUGGGAUUGUAUUCAUGGAAUGUCAACUAUUAAUAAUAUCAUGAAAGACAAUGGAGUACAAUUUUACAGUAUGGGCUGUAAAAGCUAACGCCUUUCAGUCAACAUUCCAGUGCAAUAUUGAAGCUUUAAUAUUUUCUAAAAAUAUAAUAAUUGAAUUGGAGUAAUUUUUAUAAAAUAAUGCAUUUUAAUACGUACAGCUGUUUUGCAUUUUAAUUAUUUAUUAAUGUAUUGUAUUGACAGGGUUAUAGGUUUUUACAACUUAGGCAGCAGAUUUUGGUUCAGGAGUAUUUUCUGCUUUUUGUAGUUGCAUCUUCUUGUCCCAGAAGUCUAUGCUUGAUCACGUGCUUGUUUUAAAAUACUGUCAUAUCAUCUCAUCCUCAGUAAGGAGGAUGGUAAGGAUCUGCUAAGGAAAUCUGUCUCCCAUUGCUCUACAGAAAUAGUGCUUUGUAGACAACCAAAGACUUCCCUGAACUCAAGAAUACAGUAUAGGAACCUGAGAGUGCCCUCAUGCCAAAUAUUUGCCAUUUCUAAUAGCUUAUUUCAGAUUUCUUUUGAAGAAUAACAGUGCUCUCAAAUUUAUUUACUUUGUCUUUCUUGUUGCAUAAAAGUAUUUUAACUCUUAUGAACAUGUGAAAUUAUGUGAACAAUAUUAAAAUGUAAGACUGCGUUAAAUGUAGGACACAUACCCAGUGGGGCUUUUUCUGAGCUAGACUUGGAGCUGUGUAUUCAAAAGUUAGAAAAGUGCAACAGCUGACAUCGGUUUUGUCACUUAGCAAUCUGGCAGGAAACUCCCAUGCUUUACUACUAUUCUUCAUAAUGACGAUAAUAACAACGAUAAUUUAUUUUUUAUAUGCCACCCAUCUGACUGGGUUGCCCCAACCACUCUGGGCAGCUUUCAGCAAAUUAGAACAUCAAACACAAUAAAACGCCAAACAUUAAAAACUCUCCUCUAUACAGGGCUGCCUUCAAAUAGUUGUUUAUUUCCUUGACAUCUGACGGGAGGGUGUUCCAUGGGGAGGGCGCCACUGCCAAGAUGACCCUCUGCCUGGUGCCCUAUAACCAUGCAGUGAGGGAACCGCCAGAAGGUCCUUGGAGCUGGACCUCAGUGGGCUAAAUGAUGGGGAUGGAGACGCUUCUUUAGGUAUACAGGGCCAAAACCAUUUAGGGCAGUGAUGGCGAACCUUUUAAAGACUGAGUGCCCAAACUGCAACCCCAAACCCACUUAUUUAUCGCAAAGUGCCACCAUGGCAAUUUAACCCGAAUACUGGGUAUCUGAAGAAGUGUGCAUGCACACGAAAGCUCAUACCUAUGACAAAUUUAGUUGGUCUCUAAGGUGCUACUGGAAGGAAUUUUUUUGUUUUGACUACUGAGGUUUUAGUUUAGAAGGUUGGUGCUUUGUCAAACCCCUUGAACAUCGAAUCCAAGUCUAAAACAUCGUAACCACAUUCUGUUGUGCCAAAAGGGUCAUGUGAAUUUACCAUUACUCUCUUCCCAAAGCUUUCAGUAUGAGGAAACUAUGAUCAUGGUAUUCUGAGGCCAAAUUUCAUGUCAUGCUGGCUGUUGGUGAAGCAUUUGCCUAUACGACAGAGGGAGCUUGCGUUAGGCCAGCUUGGUCCAUUGAUUCAUCUAGUAUUGUUGACCCUGACUUCAAUUUCAGGCCGAAGUCUUUCCCAGCCCUGCCAGGGAUGGAAGUGGAGACCUUUUUCAUGCAAGGCAUGCGCUGUACCACCGAACCAUGGCUGUCAUGUCAUUUAAAUGGUCUUAACGCUUGUGCUGGCCCAUAUGCCUGUGGGGUUGGCAGGCCAGCAGCAUCCCCGUAGGGCUCGGAAUUCACUAGCAUGCAAAUACCGCAUGUGAUAAGAGAAUUUAAACAAGAUGCCAGCUGUGUGGAAUGUUUACCUGAGUAAAUGGCUUGCCCAAGGUUGCCAUAGCCUUGAAAAUCUAGUGAAAUCGCAAUGGAAAAUGUUUACCAAAGAGGAAUGUAUGCAUGUCCAUAUUGUGUAAAAAAAAGAAAAAUGCAAAAGAGAACAGACUAAUUGAAAUGGCAUAGGCUACACAUUCAAUACUAUUAUAACACAAGAAUCGAGCUAAAGGCUUAUAAACCCCUAACUCUGUUUAGCUCCUGAAAGGAAAGAUGCAAAAUAGAGUAGUAUUCCUUUGUCCCACUUUUUUUUUUAAUGCUAAACCACUGAGGAGUAAAUCAGCUGAAUCCCUCAAAGGCAUGUUUCCUCACUAUGUUAGCUUGUAUAGAUGAAUCAUUCAUUAAUUAUGGCCCUUAAAAAAAACACAAUGCAGAGAACUUUGAUGACUACUACUUGAAAGCACUACUUUCCUACUUGAAAUGAUCUCCACCCUCAGCCAAUGUGUUUUGAUGAUUGCAAUGUGCCACCGUUUGAAAGCAACCCAGGACCUUCAGCUGGUUCAGAGGAGGACUUUGCAAAUAGGAUCACGUCAGCACAUUUUUGUUGUCUGCAAUGACUUCCAGUCCAUUUCUGUGUCCAAUUCAAAGUGCUGGCAUUAACCUUCAAAGUCCUAAAUAAUUUUGGGCCAGGUUAUCUCAAAGGACUGCCUUCUCCCAUAAAUACCGCUCAAGCUUGGCCCUUAAGAGCUUGUGAUGUUCUGCAGGUUCCCCCACCCAAUGAAGUGAGGUGGGUGAGUUACUACAGAGGGUACCUUUUGGGUAACAGCAACCCACUGCAAUGCCCUCCUCAAAGAUACUUGCAUUGUAACCUAAAGGUAAAGGUACCCCUGAACGUUAGGUCCAGUCGUGGACGACUCUGGGGUUGCGGCGCUCAUCUUGCUCUAGAGGCCAUGGGAGCCGGUGUUUGUCCGCAGACAGCUUCCGGGUGAUGUGGCCAGCAUGACUAAGCCGCUUCUGGCAAAACCAGAGCAGUGCACGGAAACGCCAUUUACCUUCCCGCCGGGGCGGUACCUAUUUAUCUAGUUGCACUUCGAUGUGCUUUUGAACUGCUAGGUGGACAGGAGCUGGGACUGAACAACGGGAGCUCACCCCGUUGCAGGGAUUCAAACUGCUGAACUGAUUGGCAAGAAGAAGAAGAAGAAGAAGAAGAAGAAGAAGAAGAAGAAGAAGAAGAAGAAGAAGAAGAA